UGCUUUUGUAGUAUUGGCAAACUACUCCCUUUCACUUGUCGUUUAAACCACCAAGGUUGUCGUCCGGCGCCUCCUUAACAACCCCUUAGCCGUAGAAUGACCUUAAAGCUCUUCAAGUAUGCUCUUCCCACUCGUAUUCUCCUUGCUCAUCCUUUCAAAUUCUCUUCAAGAUUCAUCUGCACCGACAGUAGCCUCGAUAAUUUGGUUGACCCACUAUUGAAAUUCACAGAAAAUGAAUGUUUUACGGUACAACAAGAAGAAAAGAAGUUAAAAGAAUCAUCUUUUUCAGUUCAAGAAUUGGGUUUUUUGCAAGAUUCAAUCUUGGGUAGCUCAAAAACUGAGAAAAAUGGUAAGUUCCCAGAUGAUGCUUUCUUGUUAAUAGAUGUUAUUAGGGAAAGUAAUGAUGGGUUUGGCGAGAAAACUGAGAAAGAAGUUAGGUUUUUUAGGGAGAAACUCAAUCCUGGUUUAGUGGUUAAUGUGUUGAGCAAUAUAGGAAACUCUGAAUUGGGUGUGAAGUUUUUCAAGUGGGCUGGUAGACAAAUUGGCUAUGUGCAUAAUGCAUCUGUUUAUGAUGCUUUGUUGGAUUUAAUAGGAUGCGAUAGUGUGCCAGAACAGUUGUUUCAGGAUAUAGGGAAAGAUGAUAGGGAAGUGCUUGGAAAGUUGCUUAAUGUGUUGAUAAGGAAGUGUUGCAAGAAUGGGCUGUGGAAUUUAGCAUUGCAGGAGCUAGGGAGGCUUAAGGAUUGUGGGUACAAAGCGUCGGGUGUGACUUAUAAUGCAUUAAUUAUGGUGUUUCUGCAAGUAGAUAGAUUGGAGACUGCAUCUCUAAUAUACAAGGAGAUGUCAGCAUUGAACUUUAAGAUGGAUAAGUGUACAAUAAAUAGCUUUACGCGAUUGUUGUGUAAAGUGGGUAAAUGGAGAGAAGCUCUUGAUUUAAUUGAGAAGGAAGAGUUUGUGCCUGAUACAGUGAUUUAUACUAAUAUGAUUUCAGGAUUAUGUGAAGGUUCUUUCUUUGAAGAAGCUAUGAAUUUUCUCAACCUAAUGAGGACUAAUUCGUGUAUUCCUAACCGUGUAACAUAUCAAGUUUUGCUUUGUGCACUUUUAAACAAGAGAAAACUUGGUCGCGUCAAGAGGGUUCUGAAUCUUAUGAUUUCUGAAGGUUGUUAUCCAGGUCAGAAAAUAUUUAAUUCUCUUGUACAUGCAUUUUGUAGAUCACGAGAUUACUGGUAUGCCUAUAAAUUGCUUAAAAAAAUGGAUGGCUGUGGCUGUAAGCCAGGAUAUGUAGUUUACAACAUAUUGAUUGGUGGUAUUUGCGGCAAUGAGGAGUUACCAGGCAAGGAAGUUCUAGAAUUGGCUGAAAAUGUAUAUAGUGAAAUGCUGAAUGCUAAACUAGUGCUGAAUAAAGUCAAUGUGGUCAAUUUUGCUCGAUGUCUUUGUGCGUGUGGAAAAUAUGAGAAUGCUUUCAGUGUUAUUAAGGAAAUGAUGAGCAAAGGUUUUGUACCUGAUGUCAGUACAUACUCAAAAGUGAUUGGUUUUCUUUGUAAUGCCUCCAAAGUGGACAAGGCAUUCUUGUUGUUCCAAGAAAUGAAGCGGAAUGGAAUUAUUCCAGAUGUUUAUACUUACACAAUUUUAAUUGAUAGCUUUUGUAAAUCUGGCCUUACUCAACAGGCUCGUAAUUGGUUGAAUGAAAUGAUUCAAAACGGUUGUAGUCCUAACGUAGUGACUCACACAGCUAUUAUCCAUGCUUACCUCAAGCAAAGGAAAAUUUCAGAUGCUAAUGAGCUUUUUGAAUCAAUGUUAAUGCAAGGAUGCAUCCCAAAUGUCGUCACCUUCACUGCUUUGAUUGAUGGAUACUGUAAAGCUGGACACAUAGAGAAGGCUUGCCAGAUCUAUGCAAGAAUGAAAGGGAGUUUAGAUACCUCGGAAGUAGAUUUGUACUUCAAGGUGGAUCUUGAUGGUAAUAAGGAGCCAAAUGUUGUUACAUUUGGAGCGAUGGUUGAUGGUUUGUGCAAAGCACACAGGGUGAAAGAAGCUCACAAUCUUUUGGAUGUCAUGUUAACGGAAGGAUGUGAGCCAAAUCAUAUUGUUUAUGAUGCAUUAAUUGAUGGGUUUAGCAAGGUUGGUAAGCUAGAUGAUGCGCAGGAGAUAUUUGCUAAAAUGUCAGAACGUGGAUAUAGUCCGAGCAUUUACACCUACAGCUCUCUAAUUGAUAGGCUAUUUAAGGAUAAACGUUUGGAUCUUGCUGUAAAAGUCUUGUCUAAAAUGCUCGAGAGUUCUUGUCCCCCAAAUGUUGUUAUAUACACAGAGAUGGUAGAUGGUCUUUGUAAAGUUGGUAAAAUAGAUGAAGCUUCUAAACUUAUGCUGAUGAUGGAAGAAAAGGGCUGUCAUCCAAAUGUUGUGACCUAUACUGCAAUGAUUGAUGGAUUUGGCAAAGCUGGAAAAGUGAAAUCAUGUCUUGAACUCAUUGAGAAGAUGGGCAACAAGGGUUGUGCGCCAAAUUACAUCACCUAUUCAGUUGCAAUAAAGCAUUGUUGUGCUGCAGGACUUUUGGAUGAGGCUCUCCAACUCCUAGAGGAAAUGAAACAAACAAGUUGGCCAAAACACAUGGCCGGCCAUCUUAAGGUUAUUGAAGGCUUCAGACGUGAGUACUUAAUCAGUCUGGGUAUUUUAGAGGACAUGAGCAACAACAAUUUUCUUCCAAUUAUUCCAGUUUAUAGGCUUCUGAUUGAUAGCUAUCAAAAAGCUGGAAGACUUGAAUUUGCCGUUGAGCUACUUAAAGAGAUAUCGUCAUCUUUUUCAUUUCCACGUCUUGAUAAGAAAAUUUACUCUUCUUUGAUCGAGUGCCUUUCUGUUUCAAACAAAAUUGAUCUGGCAUUUGAAUUAUACGUGGACAUGAUAAAGAAAGGUGCAGUGCCAGAGCUGACGGAUUUUGUUAACCUCAUUAAGGGUUUAAUAAGUAUGAACAAAUGGGAUAAUGCACUUGAACUCUCUGAGAGCAUGUAUUACAUGUUACAUGCAUCGAAAUCCAAUACCAUUCAGCUCCUUUAGAGGUCAAGAAAUGAUACAUUGAGACUAUUCCAUUCUAAGGCACUACCUGCUGGUGCACCUGAUAAACCACCUGAUAAACAUUCUUGGAGCUGCACUAGUUGGCAGGUUGCAGUUUGACCCUGUUAUGACCUAGUACCUGCUCCAGCAGCUGAAUAAGCGACUAUCCACACCUACAGGGAACAAAUGCGGUAACUGGUAUUCUCGCAAACUAUGGCGCACCACCACAAAAAAGGGGGGCAAAUUGUGAAGGGUGCUGGUAACCUCUGCAAAUUGCAUGGCAUUGCAGGAAUCACAGUUGGGUCCGUCAUUUCAGGCCACAUCACAACAGAUUCCUUCAUUUCAGGCCACAACACAAGCGACUCCUUCUGUUCAGGUUACUUCACAGGCAGCACCAUCCAAUAAGUGUGGUAGAGGCGAGUCUAUGCAUCCUUGAACUGUAGAUGCAAUAGGAGAUCGCGAAUGGCUCAAACUGUGGACUAGAGAAGUGUCAACUUUAUCUCGGGAGAAUCUAUCGAGGUUCUCUUGAUUACCUAGGGCAGCCGAUUGGUGAAGCACGAGGCCUUCUCGGAGGUUUAUGUGGUCUUUCAACAGCUGAGUGUUCCAUAUUUCCAAUUUGCUUUGACAAAUGGUCGGAUCUACCUAAGGCAUACUUCAACCACUGCUUUGACAAUGUCAUAAAGGUUUAAGCUUAUUGUUUUUGAUAUUUUAUCUUUAUUUUAAAUGCGUUUCAAUUUGCUGUUUGCAUGUGAAAAAUAGACUUAACCAUUUUUUUUUUGAAGCCCCAUUUUUGUUUUAUGACACCUGAGCCACUUGCACAAAGAUAUGUUUAUCACUCUAUUGGAGAGAAGUGGGCUGCAAGUAGGAAGGGGUGUGUUCAACGACCCACUGAAAAGAAAAGAUAAGAUAAUGGAUAAUGUUCCAAUAGGUAUUGCUCGGGAUCAAGGACUUCUUCCAUGAACUACUGUGCUAAAGAAGAAACUCAGAAUAUGUGUAAAAGAAAUGCUGAAAAAUCUGAAUAAGCAACCAUUCCUCACAGCCGGUGGUUCCAAACCUAAUUCUAGAAGGAGGACUGAAAUGACGGUUGAGAUGGGGAUAAAGCCCGGACGAGUACAGCUGUAUCUUAUGCGCAUAAGAAACAAGGAUCAUAUGUGAGUGAGGAGGCAAGAGAAAUAUGUCAUGGGAUCUUAAGUCUGUUAUUUGAGGAGGAGCUCUUGCUACACUUUGUAGGAGUAAAUUCAGGUGUGUUUCUGUGCCUUUGAACAAACUAUUGUAGUUUGUGAUGCUGCACCAUAUGUUUUUAAUUUCACCUCAACCAGAAAUGUAAUCGUGAUUGAGCCCAAAAUUAAUAAAACAAGGAAAAAGAAAGAAAGGAGGAGAAGACUUGAUGGUGUCAGGUGUCAUGUUUGAAACCUUAGGUUUGAUAGUGUCUUGCUACGGUUAUGAUUAUGUAGCUCAUAAGUAGAGAAUGCUUUAAAGGAUAGUUUCUGUUGUAUGGUGUAUGUUCCAUUUGGUACCUACGUUUCGAGUCAUAAUGGAAGAAUAGAAUCAACUUAACGAUAAAUACUUCAUUCGUUUUAAUUUAUUUAAUUAGUUUUAAUUUUUUAUAAAGCUUUAAAAAAUAACAUAUAUUUUUAAAUUUAUGAUCGUUUUAAAUUUUAUAAUUUUAAAUAUGUUAGAUAAAAAAUUAGAAUUAAGAAGUUGUAAAAAAGGAAAGAAGAUAUUUUGCAAAUAAAUUUUGAAAUUUUUAUAAAGCUUUAAAAAAUAAAAGAUAUUUUUAAAUUUAUGUUCUUUUUAAAUUUUAUAAUUUUAAAUAUGUUAGAUUAAAAAUUAGAAUUAAGAAGUUGUAAAAAAGGAAAGAAGAUAUUUCACAAAUAAAAUUUUGAAAUGAAUCGAAAUAAAAGUAACAUAAAUAAAUUAAAUUGGAAAGACAAAUAAAAAGGGAACACCAAAAAGGAAAAAAAAAAUAUUUUGCAAAUAAAUUUUUAAAUGAACUAAAAAGAAGAGUAAUAUAAAUAAAUUAAACUGGAGUACUAAAUAGAAAGGGAACACCAAAACAAUUAAAUAAUUUUGACCUAAAAAAAAAAAUCAACUUAACAAUAAAUACUUCGCAAAUAAAAAGUAACAAAAAUAAAUUAAAUUGAAGAGACAAAUAAAAAGGGAACACCAAAAAGGAAAAAAAAAAUCUAAAUAAAAGUAGCAUAAAUAAAUUAAAUUGGAGAGACAAAUAAAAAGAGAACACCAAAAAGGAAAAAAAAUCUAAAUAAAAGUAACAUAAAUAAAUUAAAUUGGAGAGAAAAAUAAAAAGGGAACACCAAAAAGGAAAAAAAAUAUUUUGCAAAUAAAUUUUGAAAUAAACUGAAAAGAAGAGUAAUAUAAAUAAAUUAAAUUGGAGUAUUAAAUAGAAAGAGAACACCAAAACAAUUAAACAAUUUUGACC